AUGAAUUUAUACGAUAAUUUAAAAAAAGACUCUAUUUAUAUAUACGGGAAAAUACACGAAUUGCUAGAUCAUCUAAAUAAUCAUAAUUUUAAGUGUUAUAUUAACAAUGAAAAAAAUGUAGAUUUAUCAAAAGAAUUUAAAUAUCAAAAAAAAAAAGGAGUUGAGUUUAUCUCUAUUUUAGAUUAUUAUGCAAGAUUUAAAAAUAAAGAAAGUGAGUUCCUUAUUUUACCAAUUAUCUUUAAUAAGGAAUAUGAAAUUUUAUAUAUAGGAGUUUCUAUGCUUUUCAAAGAGAAUUUUUCGGUGGAAUAUAAAAGUAAUUGUUAUAAUUAUAUAGAGUUAUUUAUUUAUAACAUAGAUAAAAACAAUGUAAAUAAUUAUGAAAACAGUAUUACUUCUAAUAAUAAUAGAAGUAUUUUUAAAUUACUUAUAAAUUUAGAGGAUUUAAAAAUUUCACAUAAAGAAGAAAUAAUAAAAAAUAAUAUAAAUAGAAUUAUGAAUAACAGAAGUAAUGUGCAAGGAUUAUAUUUUAAAAAUAAUAAUUAUUACAAUGAUAAUAAAAGGAAAGAGCAUUCCUUCUCACAAGUAAAUCAUCGUUUGAAACAAGAAAAUUAUUUAGUAAAUGGUAGUAAUAUUAAAUAUAAUAAUGAUAAAAAUUUUAAAUUAAGAAAUAAUGACCAUUUAAUUAUAUAUAAUACUUAUAAUUCUUUAAAGGAAAAUAUUAACUUGGAAGAAUCAUUUAUUAAUUACUCAUAUAAAAUCCAUACAAAUAAUAGUAAUAACGAUAACAAUAAUAUUAACAUUAAUAACAAUAAUAAUAAUAAUAACAAUACAUGUGUUUAUCACAAAUAUAAUAGUAAUAUUAAUAGUGGAAAUAAUACUAAAUGUAAUUAUAAUAUUAGUAGUAAUAAUAAUGACAUCAAUAAAACUAGUAACAGUAACAGUAACAGUGAUAAUAAUAAAUAUAAUAAUGAUGAUCAUGAAUAUAACAAUAGCUAUAAUACUAAUAGUUACAUUAAUAUUAUAAACAACAGUAAUAAUAAUAAUAAUAAUCUUUUAAGUAAUAUUAGUUAUAGUAAUAAUAGCAAUAAAAGGAAUAAUAUUUACAUAAAUGAUACUAAAAACAAAAUUAAUAAUAACAAUCUACAUAAUAAUAAUAAUAGGUAUAACAAUAUCAUUAAUAAUAAAAUAAAUAGUAACACAAAUGUUAGAAAUAAUAGUAAUACCAAUAAUAAAAAUGAUGUGAAUAAUAUUAAUUAUGAUAUUAACAAUAAUAAUACAUAUAAAAACAGCGAUAAUUAUAAUGGUGAUGCUAAUAAUAAUAGUAGUAAUAAUAGUUAUAAUAAUGAUUAUAAUAAUAAUUAUGAUAAUUAUAACGACAAUAAUAAUAAUUAUAAUAACAAUAACUAUAUUAACAAUAAUGAUAAUAAUAAUAAGUAUAAAAAUAAUAAUAGUAAUAAUUAUAUGAAUAAUAUUAAUUGUAAUAAUAACAAUAAAAAUGAUAAUAACAGUUUUAAAAAUAAUAGUAAUAUUAAUAAUGAUAUGAAUAACCUUAAUUAUGAUAUUAGUAAUAAUAAUACUGAUAAUAAUAUAAAUAUCAGUAAUAAUAAUAGAAGCAACAGUAAUUAUGAAGAUGAUAGAAGUAAUAAUAAUAAGAAUAAUUUUGAUAUUAACAAUAAUAAUAAUGGUAAUAUUGAUAACAUUAGUAACGUAUAUAUUAGUGAUAAAGUGAAUUAUAAUAGUUUAUAUGAAAAUCAUCAAAUAAAUAAAAUAAACUACUAUAAAAAUAAUGAGAGAAGUAAUGAAAAUGAAAAGAAUAAUAUAUCGAAAAUGAGUUGUGAAGAUCAUAAUAUUGAUUAUCAACUUUAUUAUUAUAAUGAAACAGAAAACUUAGUUUUAAAUAUAAAGAAGGAUGAUAAAAUCCCAAUGAAUAUUGGAAAUUCUUCCAAUAAUGAUAAUGAAAAAAAAAUAUUUACCUCUUUAAAAGUAAGUGAAUCAUUGCAACAUAAUUAUAUGAAUACUAAAGUAAUCAAUAAUGCAGAAAAUGACAAAUUAAGUGAUAGGGUUAGUUAUAUAAAAUAUAAGAUGACCUACAAUCAAAAUGAUUAUAUAAAAACGAAUGAUAUGAAUUUGAAUAAUUACACUGAAUAUAUGAAAGAUAUAUCAAUUGAUAAUGUUAUAUAUAAAAAUUAUACUCAAGGAAAUAUUAAUGAAAAUGAAAGAUGGAAUAAUUUUAAAUCAGGUUUCUACAGUUUUAAAGGUAAUAGAACUUAUAAUGAAGAUAGGGUAAUAACAAUAGAAAAUAUUAGUGAUUUUAUAAAUAACGAAUAUAAUGAAAUAAUUAAAAAAAAAGAAUUAAAUGAGUCUUUUGAUAAAGAAUAUUUUGAUUUAAUUCAAAGACUACAUCAUAUAGAAACACCUUCAUACAUGUAUUGUGCUAUUUAUGAUGGUCAUAAUGGAGAAAAUGCAGUAAAUAUAAUUCAAAAAUUUUUACAUUUAAAUGUCUAUUCUUAUCUUGUAAACGGAAAUGGAAUAAGUAAUUCAUUAAAAUAUGGUUUUCAAUCUAUUGAUGAACAUAUAUGUAAAUGUACAAUGAUUAAUGAAGAAGAUAACCAUUCGAAUUUAUCAAGUGGUAGUACUGCAUGUGUUAGUAUAAUAUUUAAAAAUAUGUUGUAUAUAGCUAAUAUUGGUGAUAGUAGAUGUGUUUUGAGCAAAAACGGAAGAGCAAUUGUAUUAACUGUAGAUCACAGAGCAAGUAUAAAUAAAAAGGAAGAAGAACGAAUUAUAAAAUCAGGAGGAGUGUUAGAUGAUGAAGGAUAUCUAGGUGGUUGCUUAGGUGUAUGUAGAGGCUUUGGAUCUUUUGAUAAAAAAACAAAAGAAAAAUUAAAAGGUUUAAUAUGUGAACCAGAUUUAUUUCAAAUAAAAUUAACUGAUGAUGAUGAAUUUUUAAUUAUUUGUUGUGAUGGUGUUUUUGAUGUUAUGACUUCUCAAGAGGCUGUUAAUACAGUUAGAGCAUCUUUAGUUCAAAAUUCAAAUGCAAAUAUAGCUUCUGAAGCACUAUGUCGAUUAGCAUAUAAAAGAAAAUCUUUAGAUAAUUUAUCAGUUGUUGUUGUAAUAUUUCAAAAUCCUGAGAUGAAAAAAAAGACAAGUAUAAAUGAAAAUUCAAGUUUGUACUCAAGUCAAACUGGAAGAGUUAGAAGAAGGAUAAAAUUUUCUGCUUUAAAAGAUUUAAUAAAUCCUUGA